CAACGCGUUCCCUCACCGCAGAACUAUCGAAUGUCGAAUGACGCCGUAGUCGCUACGCCGUCACCGCAACGCGGGAGUAUAACUCAGGUUUUAGUCUGUAACUGCCUGAUCUCGUACCAAACUGUCAAUCCAGUAGGUGGCGGUAAUGUCCCACGAUACGAGGGGUAAACUGACAAUAAACAAGAAGAAGAAGAAACGCGGCGCCAGUUCAGGCUAAGCUAGGAAGUACUUGGAGAAGGGUACCUGGACCCGCAGCAGCUAACGUUUAGGUUUAAGGAAUUGAACCUGUUUUCUUUUUCUGCAAACAUAUUUUCAUGAUGUCGAGUGGACAUUUACCUUCCGUCACAAACCCUGUGUACAAUACCGUGAGAGUCUUACAAUGGCAGAAGAAUGUAUGUGAUAUACACAAGCCUUCACUGAAUCAAGCCUGCGCCUGUAAGUUGCCAUACAGUUUGCACCAAUUUCCUCUACGCGCACAGGACCAAGUAAGGAUAACCUGGUUGAACAAUGUCAACGGAAAGGACUGUGUUCCAAAUACCAACAUCAAGGGCUUAGUGACAUCUGUCUAUGCCCAGCCGAAAGAAAGACGUCUCGCACCCAAAACAGUCAACGCCUUGAAAGUUAACAGUUGUUCUGCAGAAGAGGAUCUUCAUCACCUGGAUAAUGUUCUUCCGCAGAAGUGUGAUGUCAGCUUCCCGUGGCCACAUCUCCAAGACCACACCUAUUUUUGCCAGCAGUCAACAAAGAACGGCGCAACACAAAAAGAUCCUGCACCAUCAUUUCCAGCCUAUGAUUUAGACGACAAUGACAAAUAUGUCGGUGAAAAACAUCUGACUCAAUCUCAGAAGCCAGCAUCUCCUUUCAUUAAAGAGGCAGAAACCUCUCAAAUCAAAGAGGAGAAGGAUGCAACCAAGUUGGCAUUGACGUUUGUCCCUUUGAAGAGUGAAUAUGAAGACAAAGAUGUCGGUGAAAAACAUUUUACUCAAUGUCAGAAGUCAGCAUCUCCGUUCAUUAAAAAGCCAGAAACCCCUCAAAUCAAAGAGGAGGAGGAGGAUGCAACCAAGUCGGCAUUGACAUUUGUCCCUUCGAAGAGUGAAGAUGACAACAAAGAUGUUGGUGAAAAACAUCUUACUCAAUGUCAGAAGCCAAUGUCUCCUUUCAUUAAAGAGGCAGAAACCCCUCAAAUCAAAGAGGAUGGAUUCAAGUUGGCAAAGAUGUCUGUCCCUUCGAAGAGUGAAGAUGAUGACAAAGACAUUGAAUUGCCAGAGUUUGCUCAUAUGAAAGAGGAGGAAGAACAGUUCCCUUACAUCAAAAGAGCAUUUUCUCUCAAUCAAGAGGAAAAGAAGACAGAAAUCCCUCACAUCAAAGAAGAGGGAGAAGAAAAGGAUAUAACCAAUUUAUCAUUGACCUGUGUACCAUUGAACAGUGAAAACGAAGACAAAGGUCCGAGUGAUGAGAACAGUGAAGCUUUGCCUCCAAGCGGUCCGAGUGAUGAGAACAGUGAAGCUUUGCCUCCAAGCGGUCAGAGUUAUGAGAACAGUGAAGCUUUGCCUCCAAGCGGUCCGAGUGAUGAGAACAGUGAAGCUUUGCCUCCAAGCGGUCCGAGUGAUGAGAACAGAGAAGCUUUGCCUCCAAGCAAAAGUACAAGUCACAUGAAAAAAGGUGAUGGAGACUGCUCUGGACCUUCACAAAGUAUAUCAGACAUCGAAGCAGCAGUGAGAAAACUAAUACAAUGCAUCAAAGAUAGCCAAAAUCAUCCAUUCAGCGGGAGUGAUAGCCAACCCCCCAGACAAAACAGUGUUCAUCUAAAGAAACAAAGGGCUUUGCCUGGUGCAUUUAAUAGAAGCUGUCCACCCAUGAAAAAAAAGGCACCUGAACCACCAAGCUCAAAGUCUGCACGCUUGAGGCUUUUCCAUUUUUGUCUGAUGUCGGAGUAUUCGGCUACAACCCCAAAAGAUGAAGCUGUGCUGUUACGAGCAGGUUUAGGAAGGAGAAGUAUAAUUAUUUCAGAAGAUGCGGAUCACACAGAGAUAACCACAAUUUUGCAUAAGGAAUACCCUAAACUACAAGAUUUGCGUGGGGGAUGGCUCCUUCAAAAGGCUGCUGGUGGAUCAGGCCAAAGGAAAUUGACUCCAGUGCUCCAGACAUCGAUGGGUUACACAACAAAAACACUUUUGUCAUCUACCAAAAAUGGAAAGAAUGUGAUAUAUAUUGUUCCUAUACAAGAAAAAAUGGACACGAGCCCCUUGCCGUUUGAUGCACCAGAAUUUUCACACAUGCCAAAAAAUGACUGUUUGACCUGUGGAGCGUCAGUCCCACUUCUGAUGCUCCCUUUACAUAUUGAAUCCUGCCAUUAGGAAGCUGUAAAUGAUCUGAAUGAGUUUUGAGACUUUUCUAGUUUUUGUUUUUGUGUACCUGUCCUUUGAACAUAGUACCAACUUUUUGAUUGAUAUGGCAACCAUAUUAUAAGCAGGAUAAUAAACUCCCCAUUGUUCCCCGCC